UUUCCAAUAAAUUCCUUCUGGGAAUUUCAGUCCCAAAAGGACUGCUUUAUAUUAACAGAAAAUGACAAAAGUACCCCUAGAAUCCACAGGUUACUCUUCAGAAACUGUUUCAUCUCCUCUCCUCAUUUCUUACUAUUUUUUUUUAUCUACGACACGAGUUCUGAACAACACUAAAACCAACUUACAAAACCUGAGAUCGAAACAAUGAAAUGUUACAAAGGGUCAUCCAUUCUCGCUACCGAUUACUACCCUUUCCUCUACAAACGACCAGUCUUUUCUCCGUCCGCUUCGUUCCCAUCUACCACUAUCUCCUACCCGGCCCGAACCCGAUUCUUAUCCACCCGGAUCCAAGCCAGACUCACCCAAGACGAUCCAGUUAAACAAUCUGAGGAUUUAAGCUUCUAUGAUCUCCUCGGCGUCACCGAAUCCGUUACUCUCCCGGAAAUCAAACAAGCGUAUAAACAGCUUGCUCGUAAGUACCAUCCCGAUGUUUCGCCUCCGGAUCAGGUCGAGGAAUACACAGAUCGGUUUAUUAGGGUUCAAGAAGCUUACGAGACUCUCUCCGAUCCUCGCCGGAGAGUUCUAUACGACCAAGAUUUAUCAAUGGGAUUCUCAUUUUCCUUCUCAGGUCGACGCAGGAAUCGAUACGAUGAGGAAGUUGUGGAAGAGAAGAGUGAGUGGAAGAAAAAAUGGCAAACUCAGCUCUCAGGGCUAAAGAAAAGAAGCCAUCAGAAAGAAAACAACUCAAUGUCUUGGGCUGCUAGAAUGCGCCGUCAACAGCACAUGUCUGAAGAUUCUUCUUCAUAACCCAAAACACCAAAUCUAUUCGCCUCGUUAAUGUAUAGGUUAUAAAUUGUUGAUGUAAUAAUAGAAAGCAUAGUAUAAUUAUCCACGAAUUUGUAUAUAUGUAUAUACACUUUGAUGUACCUAUGUCAAUCGGCAGGUAUAUCAAAAACCGUAAUCACUAAAAUAAGUUUCUUUUGUUUGUGCUUUUGAA